UUGAGAGGAGUCCCUAGCAUGGCUGUGGGAGGAACUGCGCUGUCAGGAAUGCCAAGCAUGUAUCCAGCACCACGCGGGCCUGUAUCACUCAGGAGAGGCCAGGUCACUCUGGUCCAGCAGCAGCAGCACAUCCAAUGGACUUGCUCCUGUCGCGUCCAGUGUAGACUGGCUUCAGCUCUGGUCCAUGCCACUUCCGCUUGAGGCUCACCCCUAUCUGGAUCCUUCCAACCAAAAAUGCAGCGGGAGGAAGAAGACGGUGUCUUUCAGCAGCAUGCCCUCGGAGAAGAAGAUCAGCAGUGCCCAUGACUGCAUCAGCUUCAUGCAGGGCGGCUGUGAGCUCAAGAAGGUGCGGCCCAACUCGCGCAUCUACAACCGCUUCUUCACCCUGGACACUGACCUCCAGGCGCUCCGCUGGGAACCUUCAAAGAAAGACCAGGAGAAGGCCAAGCUGGACAUUGCGGCCGUCAAGGAGAUCCGACUAGGGAAGAAUACGGAAACUUUCAGGAACAAUGGGCUGGCGGACCAGAUCUGUGAGGACUGUGCCUUUUCCAUACUCCAUGGGGAAAACUACGAGUCUCUGGACCUGGUGGCCAACUCUGCCGAUGUGGCCAACAUCUGGGUGUCUGGGUUACGGUACUUGGUGUCUCGCAGUAAGCAACCCCUGGAUUUUAUGGAGGGCAGCCAGAACACCCCACGGCUCAUGUGGUUGAAAACAAUGUUUGAAGCUGCAGAUGUCGAUGGGAAUGGGAUUAUGUUGGAAGAUACUGCUGUUGGGUUAAUAAAACAACUCAACCCUACCCUGAAGGAAUCCAAGAUCAGGUUAAAGUUUAAAGAAAUCCAGAAGAGCAAAGAAAAAUUAACCACCCGAGUGACAGAGGAGGAAUUUUGUGAAGCUUUUUGUGAACUUUGUACUCGGCCAGAAGUGUACUUCUUACUUGUGCAGAUAUCGAAAAAUAAAGAAUAUUUGGAUGCCAAUGACCUCAUGCUAUUUUUAGAAGCAGAGCAAGGGGUUGCCCACAUCACUGAGGGUAUGUGCUUGGACAUCAUUAGGAGAUUUGAGCUUUCUGAGGAAGGGCGUCAAAAGGGGUUUCUCACCAUUGAUGGCUUUACUCAGUACCUUUUAUCACCAGAAUGUGACAUUUUUGAUCCUGAGCAAAAGAAGGUUGCUCAAGAUAUGAGCCAGCCCUUAUCUCACUACUACAUCAAUGCCUCCCAUAACACCUACCUAAUAGAAGACCAGUUCCGGGGCCCCGCUGAUGUCAACGGCUAUGUCAGAGCUUUGAAAAUGGGCUGUCGAAGCAUUGAGCUGGACGUGAGUGAUGGUCCGGACAGUGAGCCAAUCCUUUGCAAUCGAAAUAAUAUGACCACACAGCUGUCCUUCCGGAGUGUCCUGGAGGUGGUUAAUAAGUUUGCCUUCGUUUCUUCCGAGUAUCCACUCAUCCUCUGCCUGGGGAAUCACUGCUCCCUGCCCCAGCAGAAGGUCAUGGCACAGCAGAUGGAGAAAGUCUUCGGUGAUCAACUCUACACGGAAGCCCCUGUGUCAUCUGACUCCUAUCUCCCUUCUCCAGAAAAGCUGAAGAGGAUGAUAAUCGUGAAAGGAAAGAAGCUGCCUUCUGAUUCUGAUGUGCUGGAGGGAGACGUCACAGAUGAAGAUGAAGAAGCCGAAAUGUCUCGCAGGAUGUCUGUUGAAGACAGCGGCGAGCAGAAACAGAUUCGGCUUUGUCGUGAGCUGUCUGAUUUGGUAUCCAUUUGUAAAUCUGUUCAGUACAGGGAUUUUGAACUGUCUAUGAAAAGCCAGAACUAUUGGGAAGUUUGUUCAUUUAGUGAAACAGAGGCCAGCCGAAUUGCGAAUGAAUACCCAGAGGAUUUUGUGAAUUAUAAUAAGAAGUUUUUAUCAAGGGUCUACCCAAGUGCCAUGAGGAUUGAUUCCAGUAACUUGAACCCACAGGAUUUCUGGAAUUGUGGCUGUCAGAUUGUGGCAAUGAAUUUUCAGACUCCGGGCCCAAUGAUGGACCUGCAUACGGGCUGGUUCCUUCAGAAUGGGGGCUGUGGCUACGUUCUGCGGCCGUCUGUCAUGCGUGAUGAAGUUUCUUACUUCAGCGCCAACACAAAGGGCAUUGUGCCUGGUGUGUCUCCUCUGGCCCUGCACAUCAAGAUCAUCAGUGGCCAGAAUUUCCCAAAGCCCAAGGGUGCAUGUGCCAAAGGGGACGUCAUUGAUCCUUACGUCUGCGUGGAGAUACACGGAAUCCCAGCAGACUGUGCUGAGCAGAGAACUAAAACUGUACAGCAGAACAGUGAUAAUCCUAUUUUUGAUGAAACUUUCGAGUUCCAAGUAAACCUUCCAGAGCUGGCCAUGAUUCGUUUUGUGGUUCUGGAUGAUGACUACAUCGGAGAUGAGUUUAUAGGGCAGUAUACCAUCCCAUUUGAAUGCCUGCAGCCCGGGUACCGGCAUGUUCCCCUGCGCUCCUUUGUGGGCGACAUCAUGGAACAUGUGACCCUGUUUGUCCACAUAGCAAUAACUAAUCGGAGCGGUGGAGGGAAGGGGCAGAAGCGAAGCCUCUCAGUGAGAAUGGGGAAGAAAGUCCGGGAGUACACCAUGCUCAGGAACAUCGGUCUCAAAACCAUUGAUGAUGUCUUCAAGAUGGCGGUUCAUCCCUUACGAGAAGCCAUGGAGAUGAGAGAAAAUAUGCAGAGUGCCAUCGUGUCUGUGAAGGAGCUGUGUGGGCUGCCGCCCAUUGCCAGCCUGAAGCAGUGCCUGCUCACGCUGUCCUCGCGGCUUGUCACAACUGACAACAGCCCCUCCGUCACGCUGGUGAUGAGAGACACCUUCCCGUACCUGGAGCCUCUGGGCGCCAUUCCUGACGUGCAGAAGAGGAUGCUGGCUGCUUACGACCUGAUGAUUCAAGAGAGCCGAUUUCUCAUAGAAAUGGCGGAUGCAGUUCAGGAAAAGAUUGUCCAGUGUCAGAAAGCAGGGAUGGGGUUCCAUGAAGAGCUUCAUAACCUAGCAGCAAAGGAAGGCUUGAAAGGAAGGAAACUCAACAAGGCGGCUGAGAGCUUUGCUUGGAACAUCACUGUGUUGAAGGGACAAGGAGACCUGCUGAAGAGCGCCAAGCACGAGGCCCUGGAGAACAUGAAGCAGGUCCAGCUGGCCUGCCUGUCCUGUGGGCUGAGCAGGGCACCCGGCGGCGGGGCUGAGGCCAAAGGCAAGCGCAGCCUGGAGGCCAUCGAGGAGAGGGAGGGCGGUGAGGACAGCGGGCGGCCCUGACCCGCCGGCCUCUGCAGCGCCGUGCCGCCCCAUGCACUCUUCCUUCCUUCGCGGUCUUGGGAGUUUGCAAAAGACGCCCUCGUGGGGUGUUGGACAGAAACAUUUCUCCACAAUGUCAGUAUUUCAAUGUACUUAAUUUAUCUAAGUUAAAACCUUUAGAAGCAGUGUUUUAAACCCUGAGCUGUGUGUACUCACCUGUGUGUGGGUGUGUGUGUGUGUGUGAGAGAGAGAAAGAGA